CUUCAACCAGGCUCACUUUAAUUCUUUCCCAAAACCAUGUCAAAGAAAACUGUAGUGUCAGUGGAACUUCCAUGUUGGAAAUGCAGGCAGCAGGUGAUGAAGUCGAUUGCGAGGGUUAAUGGGAUAACUUCCAUCGCCCUCGAUCCACCAAAAAACACGGUCACUGUCAUCGGUGAAGCUGAUCCAGUGAAAGUCAUCAAGAAGGUGAGAAAAUUCAGAAAAUCUGCUGCAAUUCUGAGUGUAGGGCCUGCAAAAGAAGAGAAGAAGGAUGAGAAAAAGAGCGAGAGCAAGGAUGUGAUAUGCCAUUUCCCCAAGACAUGCCACAAGUGCGAUGUCUGGUAUGUUGUCACUGAAGAUGCUUAUAGUUACUGUUCCAUUAUGUGAUCAGGAAAUGUGUAUUUUAUGAGCAAUUUGUUAUCAUUAUUCUUCUUAUUCUUCUUCAACAUUCAAAAGUAGGUGUGAUCUGUCCUUAUUUGGACAAAAUUAAGGCUUAUUCCUUCCAACCUAUAUCGAGAAACGACGAACCACCCAAAUAAGUGGGCACACGUUUAGGUUCAGACUGCCAUGCAUUUUUUUAU